UUAUUUAGCCCUCGCCCGCCUUACGUCAUCAUUAGGCGUCAGUGUUUAUCAUUAAAAGUGGCUAGCUACGCGUUAAAGAAAAUCCCGAAUAAAGAUUUGGAUAAAACAUAUGUCAACAGUAAGCGCUUUAUCCUGGUCGGGGUCAUGGCGGAUCAGGAGCCUGUCCCGUGAACACUGGGUGUGACUCAGGAACACACCUUGGAUGAGACACCAGUUCAUCUCAGGGCACCGUGCUCACACACAUUCACACCUAUGGCCAAUUUAGAGUAGCCAGUCUGUCAUCUGGUAUGUUUUUGGGCGGUGGGUGGAAACCCACACAGGCACUGAGAGAACAAGUGAAACAAGUAACCCAAGCUGAAGAUGAAACUAGGGACUCUGGAGCAGUGAAGCAGCAGCACUAAAUAGCAGUGACAACAGCUCUGAUCUAAGAGGAUACCUAAAAAUUCCCAAAACCUUGAUACUGGGCCGUAAUACUAAUCAGUACCAUAAAUUCUGUCUUUUUUCAGGCUGUUCUACACCUAAUCUGUAACUGGCUUUGCAGUUAUUUCCUGUUUUAUUGCAGUGUGUUUGUUUUUCUGCAGGGCCUUGAGCACUGAAUGAGGUGUCGUGUUUUCUCUGCGUGUUCCUCCUUGUGGAGCUGAGAUGGGCCAGCAAAUCUCUGGUCAGGCUGCGAUGGGCAAGCUUCCCGAGAAGCUACUCAAACAUGCCGGAUUAGUGCGGGAUAGUAGCUAUCUCACCUACGAGGAGUUUCUGGCCCAUAUAGCAGAGCUGAAUGAAGUAACUGCUAAGCUGGCAAUUGGCCAACCAAAGCAUCUCCUCUUUGAAGUUCAGCCCGGAUCUGAUGCGUCUGCUCUGUGGAAAGUGGCUGUAAGGAUAGUGUGCACUAAGAUAAAUAAGGAGGAUGGUAUGGUGGAAGCGUCACGCAUUAUGAACCUGUAUCAGUUUAUUCAGCUCUACAAAGACAUCACCAGCCAAGCAGCUGAAGUGCUGGCAGCAGAGGGCAGUAUGGAGUGUUCCUCUGGACAACUUUUCUCUGCAGGCUCCUGUCAGGCCAGCAUGUGGAUGGGCAGGGUGAAGCAGCUGACGGAUGAGGAAGAGUGCUGUAUCUGUAUGGACGGAAAAGCAGAUCUUAUUCUGUCUUGUGCUCACAGCUUUUGUCAGAAAUGUAUUGAUAAGUGGAGUGGUCGAAACUGUCCUAUCUGCCGGAUCCAGCUGACUGCUGCCAAUGAACCAUGGGUAAUGUCUGACGCGCCUACAGAGGAGGACAUAGCCAGCUACAUUCUCAAUCUAGCUGAUGAGGCUGGCCACCCUCACAGACCUUAAUUUGAAGCACUACAUUACUUCUACAUUCACUGUCUCUCAUUAUUAGUCUGAUUUACUGACUGAAAGACGCUGUUUUGAAUGAUGUAGGUUAUUGACGUGAUCUUUGUCUUAUAUACAGGCAGCAAUAACCACUCACUGGGCCUCAUUUAUCAAGAUGGAUACAUACUAAGAUAUUAGUAAAUCAUUCGCAGGAGCAUUUAUGAAAAAAAUUGCUAUUCAUGAAAGACCAGUUAGUUUGAAAAUUUGUUCGUAUCUUGUACAUUUCAUAUUAGUGACAUAUUAGUGAAAGCUAUCCAAAACAAACCCAUAAAUUAAGACAAAUAAGACUAGCUAUUCAAUAAGAACAAAAGAAAUACUGCCAUAUAAAAGGAGACAGAGUUAGUGUGUGCUCACGGUAUCUGACAUACUUCAGUGGCUUAUCUGCAUUACUGGAUAGAUUUAGCACAUGCAGCACUAAGGAGGUGUUCUUUAUUCAUAUACUUUUUCUUUUGUUGUAUUCAGCUCACUGUGAGCUUUGCCUUUUAUGGAGUUUUGUGGGCAUCACUAAAUGCAAAUCAGCUGUGCCAUGAAUGCACUUCGCACUUUAUGGGUGAUUUGCAUUCAUCAAUAUAUGCACUUGACGAAAACUACUGAAACUUUUGCACAUCUGGCAGGAUUUAUUUAGUUUUUUUGUCUGGCUUGCAAAAAGAGUUACACAAAAUAUUACUUAAUUAUUGAUAAAUGAGGCCCAUUGUCAUUUAGAUAUUUGAUUUGUUCAACUUCACUAGAAAAGUUUUAUUGUGUGAAAUGUAUUGACUAAUUGCUGCUUAUUUUUGAAUCUCUCAUUGGUUGUGUAUAGGGCUGAAUGAAAAGAAAUGGUUCUAGCUACCUUCCGUGGUGCUAGUGACUGUUUUGAGAAUGUACAACUGCAUAAUGUUUUCUUUUAUUUCUCAGAAGUGUUGGAAGUCACUUAAGUUUGUAAGUUUGUAGGCUGAAUAGAAGUGCAUCUACUGAGAGUUCUGCAUUAGACACCUUGUUUCUUCUGGUGAACUUACUAAGAUUUGUAAGGCUGCUUAAAUAAGGUGUUCUGGGAUAUAAUAAGUGUUUUCAUAUAGGUCAGUUAUUUAGUGGUGACUAGGAUAAAUGUUUAAGCUAACAAAAAUUUGCUUGAUUUAGUCUAUAUAAUGUGAAAAGAUUUCAGCAUUUAUAGCUACUGGGGAUAUUUAAAAUGUUUACUUAUAUAAUAGGACUAGUAUCUUUUUUUGCCCUGUUAAUUUUGCAGUCAAUUAUUUAAUAUACAUUUUCUGGUUUGCCAUGUAUGACCUGUGAUAUGAUAAUAUAAGAGCAGCACACUAGAUGUAUAUUUUUCUUGAUUAUAAUCCUCAUAAUUAAACUUUUUAAAUGUCUAAACACUUAUGAGCUCAUUAUGCUGUUAACCUGUUUCUUCCACAACAAUAUUGAGCUAUAUCAAUAAAAGUAUCUUUUAUAGAAUAAAAAAACCUUCAAAUACA